CCUUCUGAAAUAGCAACAAAAGUUGUUCACAAGCCACUUUGUGGUUUGCGUUUGGUUUCAGCCAGCUUCAGCAAACUUGUUGCCAUGAGGGAAAUAACCUGCGCUCUCGCCGGCCGGGGAAGGACCGCUGCCCUCUGAAGCGCUCCCACCCCAAGGUGCACAGAAGGCGGCGAUGGUACCUGGGCAGAGCACGGAGGAGCUCGGCCAGCUGAGCCAGCCGAUGAGAGCAGGGGAGGAUGAGGAGAGCAGCCGGGGCAGCCGCCGCCACCAGCUCCCCCAGCUCCCGGCUGCAGCAGGCUGUGGAACAUUUACUUUUCUAUCUUCUGCCAUUGCUGCCGUAAGUGGACUUCUGAUGGGUUAUGAGUUGGGCCUUAUCUCUGGUGCUCUUCUUCAGAUGAGCAGCAUAUUAGCACUGUCUUGCAAAGAGCAGGAAAUUGUUGUAAGUUCCCUGCUUUUUGGGGCCUUAUUUGCAUCCCUUACUGGUGGAUUCCUGAUAGAUCGCUUUGGAAGGAGACUCGCUAUAAUUAUUGCAUCUUCUUUACUUGUGCUGGGGAGUCUGAUUUUACUGCCCUAUGAAUCGUAUGGGAUACUUAUUGUGGGACGGAUUGCCAUAGGUAUUUCCAUAUCAUUAUCAUCAAUUGCAACAUGUGUGUAUAUUGCUGAGAUCGCCCCACAGCACAGAAGAGGUCUCCUCGUAUCAUUAAACGAACUCAUGAUUGUGAUAGGCAUUCUCUUUGCCUAUAUUUCAAAUUAUGCAUUUGCCAGCGUAUCUCACGGCUGGAAGUACAUGUUUGGCCUUGUGAUUCCAUUAGGUGCUUUGCAAGCUAUUGCCAUGUAUUUUCUUCCUCCAAGUCCUCGGUUUCUUGUCAUGAAAAAUAAUGAUGAAGCUGCAAGAAAAGUACUGGAGAGGCUACGGGAAACAUCGGAUGCUACUAAAGAACUUACUGUGAUCAAGUCUUCCCUGAAAGAUGAACAUCAGUACAGUUUCUUGGACCUGUUUCGUUCAAAAAACAACAUGAGGGCCCGAAUGUUGGUAGGACUCACUCUAGUCUUUUUUGUGCAAACAACUGGGCAACCCAACAUUUUAUUUUACGCAUCAACUGUUUUGAAGGCAGUUGGGUUCCAGAGCAACGAAGCUGCCAGCUUGGCUUCUACUGGAGUUGGAGUGGUUAAAGUGGUCAGCACAGUCCCAGCCACGGUUUUUGUGGAUCAAGUUGGAAGUAAAACUUUUCUGUGUAUUGGCUCUUCUGUUAUGGCAGUAUCGUUGGUCACUAUGGGCUUGGUGAACCGUAACAUACAUGUGAAUUUCACCAACGUCUGUAGAAGCCAACCUCCAGAGGAUUUCUUUUUCCAGAGACCAGGAAACGUCACGCAUGUCUCCAAUGGGAGUCUCAAGGACCUCUUUGCUAGCUUGGCUUCACCAGAAAGAUUGUCAUUUGAUGCACAGAGAAGCCCAGAUGUUGCCAGGACAGAAGAACUGAACAGGACUGCCCUGGCAGGAGGCAAAAGCACAACAAGGUCUCACAUGGAAAGUGAGGAGGUUCCUGUUGUCCUGAAAUGGCUCUCACUGGCCAGCCUGCUUGUUUACGUUGCUGCAUUUUCCAUAGGUCUUGGACCAAUGUCCUGGCUGGUCCUGAGUGAAAUUUUCCCUGGUGGGAUCAGAGGACGGGCCAUGGCUUUGACAUCCAGCAUGAACUGGGGUAUAAAUCUCCUCAUCUCCUUGACGUUUUUGACUGUAACUGAGCUCAUUGGCUUAUCCUGGGUGUGCUUCAUUUACACAAUAAUGAGCCUAGCAUCCCUGGCUUUUGUUAUUGUGUUUAUACCAGAGACGAAAGGAUGCUCUUUGGAGCAAAUAUCCAUGGAACUAGCUAAACAGAAAUACGUGAAGAGCCCCUUGUGCUGGAUGAGCCAGCGCAGAGAGAAACUGGUGCCGGUGGAACUUGCCAAGAGAGAGAAAAAGCAGCUCUACUAGACCCGGGGCAACCAACGCAGCCUUCAGCAAAAGACUAAUAUAAAGGAAAAAAAUAAAUGAUUGCUCGGUGAUGCUCACA